CGACAUUAAGGUUAGAGCUUUGGUGGGAUUUCGCUAAAAAUACCCUUAAAUUGGUAAAAUGAAUCUUGUUUUCAGGAGUUUCAGCCGCAAAAUGCACAGCCCAACUCAAAGCAAGUUUCGCGGUUGUUUGCUGGGUUCUUUAAUGGGUGAUUGUUUGGGGGCCCCAUACGAGGGCCAGGAGAUUACCAGCGGGGACAAGAUCAUUAUUCAACGCUAUUUCGAUAAAAUGGAAGACCCCAGCUUUAAAGGCCCGUUCAAAAAAUACACCGAUGACACAGCUAUGAUGAGAUCAGUGGCAAAUUUCCUGCUGGAUAAGCCGGAUGGCGACAUGAAACACUUGGCCCGCUUAUUUGUGAACGAAUUCUUCAAACAGCCCGGUAGAGGAUACGGACAGAACGUAGUCGAAGUGUUUGAGAAACUCAAAGACACCAAAUACAAAGACGUUUUUAAGCCGGCCACUGAACAGUUCAAUGGAAGCGGGUCUUAUGGAAAUGGAGGAGCGAUGCGAAUGGCCCCCAUUCCACUGUUUUUCAAUGAUAACUUCGACGCCAUGCUAAAGGUGGCGGAAGAAUCGACCAAAAUCACCCACACAAAUUUGCUAGGGAUAAAUGGGGCGUUGUUGCAGUGCCUGGCAAUCCAUCAGGCGUUCCAGGCUGAUUCUUCUAGGCCUGUUGAUGUGCAGAGCUUUUGUGCGGAGUUGCUGAAGAAGAUUAAAAAAAUCGAAGAUAACGCCUAUGAAGUUGAAGACCAGUCGGAAACUCCUUUCUGCUCCAAGUUGAAGCAGAUGCAGAGCCUACUGAAGAAGAAACCCUCCGAUGACUUGGACGAAGAAGUCAUCUACAUUUUGGGGAACGGCAUCAGCGCCUACGAAUCAGUAGCUACAGCCAUUUAUUGCUUUUUACGGGCGCAAACGGACAUUCCAGGCAUCCAGACAAGCGAUCAGUUGAGGAGAACUCUCCAAUAUGCGAUUACACUUGGAGGCGAUACAGAUACAAUCGCCUGCAUGGCAGGGGCCAUUGUAGGCGCUCAUUUAGGAGAAGGAGCCAUCAAUAAGAAUCUUCUUCAGCACUGCGAAAAACAUCAGCAAAUUGAAGAGCUAGCCGACAAAUUGUUCGAGGCCACAUCGGGUGUAUAAUCAGGAAUUUUAAAUAGAGAUGGCAUCAACUGGAGUUAUACACCUAUCUUUUUUAUUUUUUUUAUGCUCAUAGGAGAUACCUCCAAAUGGGUGUUUUUAUAAUAAAGUUCAUGAGAGCGAU